GGAAGGAAAAGCGCAUGCUCUUCAAGUCUUCAAACAAAAGUUUUUAAAGAGAACAAUACUAAUCAGCACUGUUAAAAAUUAAAUUAAAGAUCUCAUCACCGAGGGGGUCAAAGUCCCUUCGUGGUCCUUUCGCUCGGUCUUCCUCCAGUCUGCUGGGCCAGAGGUGUCACCUGUGACCGGGUAAAGAUGACGAAGCCUCCGCAGAUCCUCCGCGGAUCACCGGCGCUGCUGCUGCUGCUGCUGACAGUUUGCAUUGACGGGUACAGGCCUGUCAUCAUCGUGCAUGGCAUUUUUGAUGGACCGAGACAGUUCAAAACCCUGUCUCUUUUCAUACGCAAGGUGCAUCCAGGCACCGAGGUGACGGUGAUUGACUUGUACAAUAACCUGGACAGUCUGAAGCCGCUGUGGAAGCAGGUCCAAGGCAUCAGGAAAGUCUUUGACUCCAUCAUGCAAAAGGCUCCUGAUGGCGUCCAUCUUCUUUGCUUCUCACAAGGCGGUCUAAUUUGUCGAGCGCUUCUCUCCAUGGCUUCAGAUCACAACGUGCACACCUUUGUUUCACUGUCCUCCCCGCUGGCCGGGCAGUAUGGAGACACAGAUUACCUGAGGUGGGUUUUUCCUCACUGGAUGAAGAAGACAGUGUUUCAUAUUUGCUACAGCAAAGUGGGACAGAAAGUGUCUAUCUGCGACUACUGGAACGACCCUCACCAUAGGUCCCGCUAUCUGCAGAGCAAUGACUUUUUGGUGAGGCUUAAUGGUGACAGACCUCACAACAACAUGAAAGCAUGGCGGAAGAACUUCCUACGCAUCAAGAAGCUCGUGCUGAUUGGAGGACCAGAUGAUGGCGUCAUCACACCGUGGCAGUCCAGCCACUUUGGAUUCUAUGACAGCAAAGAAAACAUUGUAGAAAUGGGGAACCAGGAGUAUUACAAGAACGAUACGUUUGGGCUGAAGACGCUGGACGCUCGUGGAGACGUGUCGAUGUGCGUUCACUCUGGAGUGAAGCACGUUCAGUGGCACUCCAACUUCACCGUGUUCAGGAGCUGCAUAGAGAAGUGGCUCACAUGAGAACAAACUCAGAGUUAGAGAGAUCUUAAAGCAGUAUUUAACCGAAACAGGCUAUAUGAUCUAAACUAUAUUUUAUUUUUAUGAGACAGUAAAUAUAAAAACAUACUAUUAAACAUCCCAUUAAAGU